CCGAUGUCAGCGUUCUCCAGACCAAUCUGCGGUUGCGCGGCCUGCCUGUCAACAAGCGCUCUGCUGGUGGUGAGGCAGCCGCCACCAGCCUGGAAGAGGGGGGGUCACAGUCAGCAUGUUCGGACCUUCUCUUCUUGUUAUCUAGCCACUACUAACGGAAACAUUUUGGACUUCGAGCAACUCGCUUUGAGAGCGGAACUACGGCCAUGUUUCUAAGCCGUUUGGUGGCGGCGCGUGUGCUUCGUUAUUCACCCGGCCCGUUGACAUUUACGAGGGGCUACUACCGGAACCGGACCUGCUGCGUGGGUUUGACUGUCGCGCACUCCGCGGGAAGGGGAAAGGAGCCGUACCACGACAGUCUGCUAACCCCAGACUGGGGAUACUUGAGACGUCGCGGCGACCUGGCGGCUGUUUUUACGAGUCACCAAAGGCUUUCAACCGCGGCGGCAGCCCCCAAGAAAAGCCCCGACAUGGACGACAAGAACAACGCGGAGGACAAAUGCAAUCUAAAGGAAGCUCCACCGACUCCCCUACAUGAAGCGAAAGCCCCUGGGGAGCUCGAAUCAGCAGGAGAUAAGCUCAACAAGACCCAGCAACUUAAAAAGGUCUUCAAGGAGUACGGUGCUGUGGGUGUCUCCUUCCAUGUGGGGAUCUCCCUCAUGUCUCUAGGAAUGUUCUAUCUACUCAUUUCCAGUGGCAUCGAUAUGGCAGCCGUUCUGAGCAAGCUGGGCUUCGGCGAGGCAGUCAUCCGCUCCAAAAUGGCGGCGGGGACCAGCACCUUCGUCCUGGCCUACGCCGUCCACAAACUGUUCGCGCCCGUGCGCAUCAGCAUCACGCUGGUGUCCGUGCCACUAAUCGUGCGCCACUUCCGAAGGACGGGACUCUUCAAGCCGCCCUCAUCUGCGCCCUAACGCGUAGAACUUUUUGGACUGCUUCAAACUAAGCUUAAAGAAAUUACUUAAGGUGAAAUCGGAUGAUGGAUACCAGUGGAUUUGUGAUCAGGGAUGUUUGAUGUUUUAGCUUGCUUUAUUUUAGUCUUUAAAUCUGUGAAAUUGUCAUUUCUUGUAAUGACUCAAAAGUACUUGCUUUUCAUCCUCUUAACUUUGCUUGAUCCCUUCUUUCCUGCUUGGAUGAUUAAGUUUUUGCAUACAUGAAACCUUGGUUUCUCUUGGAAAAAUAGGCUUUUUUUUUAAAGAAAAAAAAAAUCUUAAAAAAAAAGAACCUUUGACAAUGAAAUAGUUACACCCCCCCGAAAAAAAUCAUUAAAAAAAAGUAUCAAUUAAAAAGAGCACAACAGUGCCUUUUUAAGCCAGUUCCCUCUCAAAUAAAUCUACUUCUUUAAAAAUGAAACCUUUUCCCUCUAAUAUGAUACUUUUUGCCCUCCAAAAUGAAAACAUUUCCUUUCAAAUAUUACUAUUACUUUAAAAUAAAGAAAAUCCCCUUUUUUUUAAAUCACAAUGAAAAACUUCUCAGAAAUAAAACUUUUUUUCCCCCUUUGUCCUUUUAAAGUAGGGGGGAAAAGGAGGGGAUCCUGCAAACAUUUGACAUAAUGCUGGAAAAGAUAGGAACUCCCCUCCAGCAAAACUACUCUUGACUUUGGUGCGUAUUUUUAUUUAACUUGAAUUUGAACACGUACGACUCCGGAUAAGUGGUUAUGAAUGGAUGGAUGGAUGCAUUAACAGUACUGUAAAUCAGUGGGAUUCAGAACGUUGACGUCAUCCACUCAUAAUAGCAACUGUUUUUGAUUGAAGUUGUGCAGCUGAAGUUGUGGCUGCACUUCCUUUUUUCAACCACACUGUGGCUCUCCUUAACUGCUAAUAGCUUUGCAGAUGUUCCUAAUACAGUUGAUGUGUAAAUGGAAAAAAGUAUUUGCCUGGGCCAUUUUAACGGGGGGAGGGGGCAUUCGUUCAUUUACCCCUUGCAGUCAAAACGGAUUGAAUUUGUCACAUCAGUGAGUCAUUAUUCCUUGGUCAGUUUGACCUGGCUCGGAUUUAAUCAUUUUUGUCGCAAAAGGUUUAGUAUGCACUUGCAAAAGUAUGCACAUUAGGGCUGUGUAAUCUGGCCAAAAGACGGAUCCCAAUUUUUGUUUUUUUUUUCCUCUUCCCCAAACAUAAUUUUCUAUCGUUUUGAUAGUCAGUUUUAAAGAACAUGCAAAAAAAAAAACAAACAAAAAAAACUCGAGAUUACUUUCAAUUAAUAUAUGAAGUAAAUAUUUGCUUUUAAAAAUUGCCUUUCUCUCGCAAACAGCACUUACCAUAUUACCAUAUACAUAUACCAUAUACAGUGCCUUGCAAAAGUAUUCGGCCCCCUUGAAUCUUGCAACCUUUCGCCACAUUUCAGGCUUCAAACAUAAAGAUAUGAAAUUUAAUUUUUUUGUCAAGAAUCAACAACAAGUGGGACACAAUCGUGAAGUGGAACAACAUUUAUUGGAUAAUUUAAACUUUUUUAACAAAUAAAAAACUGAAAAGUGGGGCGUGCAAUAUUAUUCGGCCCCUUUACUUUCAGUGCAGCAAACUCACUCCAGAAGUUCAGUGAGGAUCUCUGAAUGAUCCAAUGUUGUCCUAAAUGACAAUAAAUAGAAUCCAUCUGUGUGUAAUCAAGUCUCCGUAUAAAUGCACCUGCUCUGUGAUAGUCUCAGGGUUCUGUUUAAAGUGCAGAGAGCAUUAUGAAAACCAAGGAACACACCAUGCAGGUCCGAGAUACUGUUGUGGAGAAGUUUAAAGCCGGAUUUGGAUACAAAAAGAUUUCCCAAGCUUUAAACAUCUCAAGGAGCACUGUGCAAGCCAUCAUAUUGAAAUGGAAGGAGCAUCAGACCACUGCAAAUCUACCAAGACCCGGCCGUCCUCCCAAACUUUCU